CAUUUUACUUUCUGAAGUGUGUCAACACGACUGUUAGACAAUAAAACCUUCAAAUAUUUACCGAGGCCUCGUAAUACUAAAUCCAAGGGGAAACUAUACGGAUACUUGAAGGUGUGUCUCCUUUCACAACCGGAAGCGCUGCAGCGUGUGAGUGUGUGAGUGUGUGUUAACACGUCAGUCCAGAUGAACUCAUGAAUGAAGCAGGCCGAGAAGUUUUAGCUCAGAAACACUCGGGAUUUGUCCGGAUCCUGGAUGUCGAUGGUUUAAUUUCUGUCCGAAGGCUUCAGCGAUACAUGUUCGGCGCCGGAGCCCGUCUGGAGAAGUCUCUCAGCGGCUGUUUUAAGGAGUUUUGAAGCGAAGCGGCGGCUUCUGCUGCUGGAAAAUGCCUCUGUUUCCAUGGAGUUCGUGUUGGUGUGCAGCGCUGUGCGUUCUGCCGUCUGUGUUUGCUGACGCUGGAGACGCUUCACUGCUGGGCGGCUGGCAGGACGUGUGGCUCUUCCGCUUGUUCCUCAAUGUUUUGGGCUAUGCCACCAUCAUCAUCCCUGGAUAUUUUCUCAUCAGCUACUUCAAACGAAUCAACUAUCUUGAAACAGGUCGUGGGCUUUGCUUUCCUGUCAUAAAGACGUGUGUGUUUGGGAAUGAAUCUAAGACUGGACUGCUGGAUGAUGCUUCACCUGCGGCCAGAAACGAGUCUGAAUCCAGUUCAUCUACUCGACAGGCCGUCAAACUCAUCUUCUGUGCUGCUGGACUCCAGGUGUCGUACCUGACGUGGGGUGUUCUUCAGGAGCGGGUGAUGACGCGCUCGUACGGUGCGACCGAGGUGGAAGGCAGCGGCGAGCGCUUCAAAGACUCUCAGUUUCUGGUGUUCAUGAACCGGAUCCUGGCGCUGACGGUGUCCGGUCUGUGGUGCGUCCUGUUCAAACAGCCCCGUCACGGUGCGCCCAUGUACAAAUACUCCUUCGCUUCACUGUCCAACAUCCUCAGCAGCUGGUGCCAGUAUGAAGCGCUCAAAUACAUCAGCUUUCCCACACAGGUUCUGGCCAAGGCCUCUAAGGUGAUCCCCGUGAUGCUGAUGGGCAAGAUCGUGUCGCACAAGAGCUACGAGUACUGGGAGUACUUAACGGCCAUCCUGAUCUCGCUGGGCGUCAGCAUGUUCCUGCUCUCCAGCUCCACCAGCAAACACCCGUCCACAGUCACCACCUUCUCCGGCGUCGUCAUCCUUGGCGGAUACAUCGUCUUCGACAGCUUCACCUCCAACUGGCAAGACAACCUGUUCAAGUACAAGAUGUCGUCGGUGCAGAUGAUGUUCGGCGUCAAUCUCUUCUCGUGUCUCUUCACGGUGGGCUCUCUGCUGGAACAGGGUGCCUUCUUCGACUCGCUGGCCUUCAUGAUGCGGUACUCGGAGUUUGCGAUGCACGCCGUGCUUCUGUCGGUUUGCUCCGCCUUCGGUCAGCUCUUCAUCUUCUACACCAUCUCACAGUUCGGGGCGGCCGUCUUCACCAUCAUCAUGACUCUGCGGCAGGCCAUCGCCAUCCUCUUGUCUUGCUUCCUCUAUGGUCACGCCGUCACCCUGGUGGGCGGCUUGGGCGUAGCCGUGGUCUUCCUCGCCCUCUUCCUGCGCAUCUACGCCCGCAGCCGCGUGAAGAAGAGCAGCAAGCGGGCCGUGCAGACGCCCGUUCAGAAGGUUUAAUCGAGCGCUCGUUCGUAUGUGUACAGAAGCCACAUUUUCGUGGUUUGUUCGUCUUUUUUUGUUUGCUGCAAAACUGUGGGUUUGUAUUCCGUAGGGUCGGACGGUACAAAAAGGGAUUAUUCUUUAUCUUACAGGUUUAGUUCAACCAAAAAUGAAAAUUGUGUCAUUAAUUACUCACCCUCGUGUCGUUCCAAACCCGUAAGACCUUCGUUCAUCUUCGGAGCGCAAAUUAAGAUAUUUGUGAUGAAAUCCGAGAGCUUUCUGACCCUCCAUAGACAGCAAUGCAACUGCAAUAAACCCAAUCCCAGAAAUCGGUAAAACCGUCACAUUAGUGGCUCAAAAGCUACGAGAAUACUUUUUGCAUGCAAAGAAUACAAAAAUAACAAGUCAUUCAACAAUUCUUCUGCCAUUUUUGGCAUUGCAGUUGUGUUGCUGUCUAUGGAGGGUCAGAAAGCUCUCGGAUUUCAUCAAAAAUAUCUUCAUUUGUGCUCCGAAGAUGAACGAAGGUCUUACGGGUUUGGAACGACAUGAGGGUGAGUAAUUAAUGACAGAAUUUUCACUUUGGGGUGAACGAACCCUUUGCCUGCGCGUUGUGAUUUUAAUUUUUUUGUGUGUGUGAGAAAUGACUUGACGAGCCAUCGAGUGAACACAGACUUUGAUAGCCUUUGAUAUCUUUGCAAUUUGGUACUGAAAUACGUUCAGUUUUUCUAUUUGAAGUUUGCUGAGAGGAAAACGAAAUGUUGAAGUGGAGAAGCCUUAGGAGUGUUAGUUUACCCAUCAUUCUGUUGGCAUCAUAUCUGGGUCAUAUUUCACUCCAAAAUAUAAAGGAAAAUAUGAAAUUAAUAAUAAAACACACAAUAAGAAAUAGAAAAGACCACGUGGCCUAUUUUUAAGAACCAUUACUUUUUUUUUCAUUUUUUUUUUUCAAAAUUGAACACAUUGAACAGAGUUUUAUUACUACAAUACAAUAAUAAAAUUCAAUCAAAUUAUUUCAAAUUAAUAAUAAAACAUUUUUUAUAUAUAUAAGCAUAAUGGCAUUAUUUUCAUCAAAAGUAAGCAUGUUUUCUGCCCAAAUCCACUGUUAGUAUAAUUAUUACUAUACAAUAAUAAAAUAUUAAAUAAUAAUAAAAUGUAAUAGUGAUAUUAUUUUCAUGAAAUCCAAGCAAAUUUUCUGCCCUAAUAAUUAUUAUUAUUAUUAUUAGAUUUUAAUAUUUUAUUAUAGUCAUUACAAUAAAAUACUACUACUAAUAAAAAUAAAUGUAAGCUUUAAAAACAUUACAUUUUCAUUAUUUUAAUGAAAACUAAGAAUAUUUUAUUACAUACAACAUAUUACAGUACAAUAAUUAAAUAUUAAUAAUAAAACAUGAGAAAUAAGAUGAUGAAACCUUUUUUAGGAAUCCUUGAAAUCUUUUGUAUAAUGACUUUUUUGUUCUGAAAAAUAAGCAAAUUUUGAGCUCAAAUAACACCCUUUAUUAUUAUUUUUUUUUUUUUUUUUUUUUUUAGUAAUCAUAGUACAAUAAAGUAAUACAGCUUUAUUCAUUGUAUUACCAUUAAUAGAAACACUCUAACACACUAUUUUAGGAUUUUGUAUGAAAUAUGACCUAGACUUCUUGACUUGGUUUUGUGAGAUCCACGUGUCAUAAGCUGAGAUCACAAACACGAAAUGAAAUGAACGUCCUCAUUGAUGCCAGUAACUAAUCUGGCAGGUAAACGAAGGUAUUGUUUUGAACCCCGUUCUCCCUGUUCUCACAUAUUUCUGCGUUCCGCUGUGUGGUUGUGUUUCUGCCAUAUCAACCCAUAAACCUCCAGUGCCUGUUUGCUUCAUCUGAGGAAUCGGCAUGUACGAGCAUUAAUAGUGUUUGAUAUAUGACAAACGAACUGAUUACUCUGUUUAAAAUACUGAAUUCACCUCAGUCCUCAUGUAAGUGAAUCUCAUAAAGAAAUACCUGGGUCAAAGAAAAAUGUUGCAUAAAGAAAUAAGACCUGUUUUUCAUCAUUUAUUGCUCAGUUUCUCUUGAAAUAGUUGCUUGCUUCACAAAUGUAAUUAACAAUUUCAAUAAUAUAUUAUUUAUGUUUUGCACUGCGGUCUUACGAAAAAUAGGCUUUAUUGUCUUUUCUGCAAAAUAUAGUUUUUUUUCUAUUUUUCCUUUUGACUUUGAGGUGAAACAUAAUCUGUUUUUGACCGGUUUUGCGAGAUUCACUCUGAAAGAAAACCCUGACCUUUUUCAGGUAGUAUUUUUACCUCCAAGCGUCAGGACAGACCGUGUCAGGUGUGUUUCUCGUGCAUUUUCAUAACACACAACCCUUAUUAUGACAUUAUGUUAAAGGCAAAUUAAAAAUGUCGUCAUUUACUCUCCCUCAUGUCAUUCCAAACCUGCAUUACUUUCUUAAAAAGAGCGCAGAAUAUUCAUGCAUCAUACCAUCAUCAUUUAUGGACGUUUUUUAUGGUGUUUUGGUGUGGAGCUUGACCUCCUCAUUACGUGCUUUCAUUUGUAUUGAAAUAAAGCAUGAAUAUUUUGUCUAAUUCUCCCUUUUUUAUGUUCCACAGAAGAGAUAUGUGGAAUCUCAAGUCAUACGGGUUUGGAAUGACUGGAGUGUGAAUAAUGCUGAGGGUAUUUUGGUGAACUUUCGUGGUUUGGGUUUGUAUUUGGGAGCUGAUCGGUCGCUGUUUUUCCGGUCCGAUGAGGGAGGCACUGAAAAACGUCACAGGUUUUGUAAGAGCCUGAAAGGGAAGUUCCACGUUAUGAGUCUAUUUAUAUUUCUAUAAAUUAUCUACCAGAAAAAAAGAGUUUGAAGAAAAGCCAACAAUCCAGUUUUACAGUUCAAUUGUGUUUUGUAGAACAAGAUUUUUACUGAUUUGCUCUCGAGCUUCAGUUCAUUUAUAUAAUACUAAUCACAUCUAUUUUUAAUGUAUAUUAUUAGAACAAAUAUAGUUUUUUUUCCUUCAUUAUAUUGAAGGCUCUUAGGGAAACUGAAAUAACUUUUUUUUUUAUGAUCUGAUAAUCAUUUUGUCUUUUUAGUAGGUCAAACUUUUCUUUUAUUUGUAUGUUUUGAUUUGCAUGUGCAAUAAUAAUCUGCCUUCUCUUACAGUUUUGAGAAUAGAUUUGAUUUUUAUGGUGUUAAAAGCAGCAGGAUGGAUUGAUGUCUCGUGUUCAUAGUGAUGGCGGCUCAUAUGCGGCACAAUUAAACGUGAGACGGGAUGCCUGAAUAUUGGGAGUUUUGCGGUUGGACCUCUUUGAGGUAGACGUGCUUGUUUACCAAAAUAUUUAGGUGAAAUCUCUCUUUCGUCCAGCAGUUACGUCCUUUUGCAGGUGGCAGAAUUAUUUUUGAACUCUAAUCAGUGCUAAUACGUUCACUACAGGCUGUAGUUUUAUUUUUAUUUUUUAAUUAGCAAUACAAAUCAUCAGUGGUGGUAAGUUUAUAUGAUUAGUGAAGCAUUACCAGAUGAAUCUCAUGAAGACAGUUACCAUUAAAUGGCCGUAAAAAAAUAUAUUAUACAAAAUGAUGCUUAUUUUAGGCCUAUUACAAUUUCUUUUCCAUAUUUUAUUUUAAUUAAUUUAUUCUUUUUCUUUUUUUUUUUUUGCAUUGUGACAUUUUCAUGGCAGUUACAUCGGCAAAAAAAUAAAACAUUAUUAUUAUUACUAUUAUUAUUGCAUUGUGAAACCUUAAUAUGUCUGGAUCUGUUUUGAUUUUAUUUGUUUCCUCCUCAAAUGUGAUUUUCAUAAAUGUGUAACAGAAAAGUUUAAAUCAGCAAAAUUGAAAGCAUUGAGUGCAUUAAUAAAAAUUAAACAGUUAAUAUAGUAAAGUAUCCCUUUUUCUCCAUUAGUGAAGAGUUUUUUUAUUGGCAUGAAAAUAAUAUCAUAAUUCAAAACUCUACCUUUAGGGAAAAUGUUUUUCUUUUUCCUUUUUGAUUUUGGUGUGAAAUAUGACCUGGACAUAGUUGAGAGAUUCCCCUCACCACCAGUGUACAUGAGGUUUUGUUUUUUGUAUGUAAUAUUAAUUUCUGGUAAAUGCCCAUUCAUUUCUGGAGGUCAAAAAGAAUCUGUCACCCUGGUAACUCAGAUAAUGAGUGACGUCAUUUCUUUCAUUUUAAGUGUUGGCGGUCUUCUGGGAAUGUGAAGGACUUGUGUGGUUGGCAUCAGGAAAUGCUACCUAACUAAUGUAGUCUUAUUAACUUUUUUAGGGUUCAUUGUUUAUAUAUAUAUAUAUAUAAUAUACACAUUAGAUUACAUUUAUUUGAUCAAGUGACCAAACUUUCUCAGAUUUGUGUUCAUCUUCUCUCUUCAUAUAUGCUUUUUAUUCUGUUCUGAUUUUUUGGAGUUGAUGAACUGUCUGUUAAUGUCAUCAGCACUGCUAAAUACAGUUAGAUGUUAUUUUUCA